CCUCACAGUCGGUCGGUGUUGGCCGUCGAGUUCCGCUGUCGUACUCCGUUCGUCGAGUGUUUCGCUCGUGUAUGUUAUCUAGUUGUUUUUCUAGCGUCGUUUUUUAGUGCGUGAAUUCUCUCCCCUUGCCUGUAUUAUCUACCAAAGGUACCGAUGAAUAAUUAGUGACGCGUUUUGGUUUAGUGCUAGUGAUUGAAAAUGUUUAGUGGUAGUGCCCACUGAUACUAACGUGCUCCGUAUCAGAGUCUAGAGGUACCGUAAUUAAUGUAAGAAAACUAUAAAAAGUGUUGAUAAAAAAAAAAAAACAAAUACAUUUUUAAAUCACGUCUUACGGAAUUCGGGUAGAACGACUAGGAAAAAGAUAGAAAGUCGGCUGGUUGAAAUAUGAACGAAUAUUUGAUUGUGUAAAAACGGUUCCUCGCCACCAGCCAGCAACCCAAACAAGGGAGAAGUCAUGGUGCUGCCUUGGUGGCUGCCGGUGGCUUUUGUGUUCGGCGGUGUGAGUGCGGCUUUAACGUCUAGCCGAGUGGUGCGCACAAAGUAUGGUGAUGUGAGCGGAGUGAUCGUUACACCGGAUAACCGGCGGUUAGACGCGGUUGAAGUGUUUCGAGGGGUACCCUAUGCAUCACCGCCGAUCGGGUCGUUGCGAUUUAUGCCGCCGGUGACCGGCUCACUUUGGUCGGGAGUUAAGGUAGCCGAUCGGUUUGGCCCGGUGUGUCCCCAACGAUUACCUAACGUGUCCGACGAAACUAUCGCACUUAAAACAAUGGCUCGUGGCCGUAUACAAUAUUUGCGCCGGUUGUUGCCGUACCUGCAAAAUCAGAGCGAGGAUUGUCUCUACCUGAAUAUCUACUCGCCUGCACGAGUGAAUUACGAUGGCUCUGAGAAAAUCACUUUGAAACCCGUGGUGGUAUUCAUACACGGAGAGUCGUAUGAAUGGAAUUCAGGGAACCCGUAUGACGGUACCGUGUUGGCGAGCUAUGGUGGUUUGGUCGUGAUUACAAUUAAUUACAGACUGGGAGUAUUAGGGUUUUUAAAUCUCAAUUCGAACCAACACCUUAAAUCACCAUCUAACUACGGCCUAAUGGAUCAAAUAGCGGCCUUGCAUUGGAUACAAGAAAAUAUUGCGGUUUUUGGCGGUGAUCCGACAAACGUUACUUUAAUGGGUCACGGAACGGGAGCAUCUUGUGUCGGUUUCUUAAUGACAUCUUCAGCAGUACCCGAUGUAUUAUUUCAUCGAGCAAUUUUGUUAAGCGGAUCUCCACUUAGCCCGUUAUCAUUGGUCAGAGAUCCAGUUAAUUAUGGCCACCAAGUGGCCAAACUUGUUAAUUGCUCACCAGACUUACCACAUUUACACCUUCUAAAUUGUUUACGAGAUAGACCACUUGAACAAAUUUUAAAUGCUCAAAUCGAUGUACCUGAGUUUACAACAUCGUUUGGCCCUAGUGUCGAUGGUGUCAUUAUUGAUGUCGGAGCACCUGAAUCUAGCAGACAUGGAGCUCAAUCAAAUAGUCCUAAUAUAUUUAAUGGAUUAGAAAGGUCACUGGAAGAUCCAAACGAGUUGGUUUUAGCAAAUGGAUUUGGGCCAGCAAUUCUUACCAAUCCAGCAGCUCGGCAAAGGUUAUUGUCAAGACUAACAAGAUUUGAUCUAAUGCUCGGUGUAGUCAGAGCAGAGUCUUUUUUUGCUUUUACUGGUGAUGACGUUCAGUAUGGAAUCGAAGCUGAUCGCAGAACAAAAAUUUUGAAAACUUAUGUUAAAAACACAUACAAGUAUCAUUUAACUGAAAUAUUAGCUACCAUAGUUAAUGAAUACACAGAUUGGGAUAGACCUAUACAACAUCCAGUUAACAUUAGAGAUGAAACAUUAGAAGCUUUAUCUGAUGCACAGGUAGUAGCACCAGUGAUAAACACUGCAGAUCUUCAUUCAGCAAACCGAAGAAAUUCAUAUUUAUUUGUCUUUGAUUAUCAAACAAAAUAUGGCGAUUACCAACAGAGACAAGGCUGUGUCCACGGGGAAGAGUUGCCUUACAUAUUUGGGGCUCCUUUAGUGGGUGGAUUGAUGCAUUUUCCGAGAAAUUACACCAAGUCAGAAAUCCUGCUAUCCGAAGCUGCGGUUAUUUACUGGAGCAAUUUUGCCCGUACAGGGAACCCUAAUGAACCUCAAGAUCAAGAUAUGUUACAUAAACAAGAACAUGGUCGAUUUAAAAAUAUUGAAUGGACAGCCUAUGAAACUGUUCAUAAGAAAUACUUGAGUCUUGAUACGAAACCGAAAUUAAAGAGUCACUACAGGGCACACAGGUUAUCAUUUUGGUUAAAUUUAGUACCUGAGUUACAUAAACCAGGAGAAGAUGUUCCGUAUUCUCAUCACAUGUUUCAGUCAGAUUUACAAAUGAUGACCUUUAAGCCUGGUACGGAACGGACCACUAGGUUUCCGGAAUCUUACUUCCGAGGCGGACAGCCACCAAUAGUUGUACAACACAUGGGUGGCAACAAAACUUUAGUGAAUGCCGGAAGUGUUUCCAUUCCUGAGAACACCACCACAACUACAGUUUUACAGCCACCACCGGUUGUAGUAGCGUCUUCCUCUUCAUCGGAUCGCGGCGAAGUCGACGAUGAACGACAGCUCAAAGAUGCAGCUUCUGGUGAUAAAGAGGACAAUCGGUCUACUUCACCUGAAGGGCAGGACGAUGGCGGUGCUAGCGGAGCUGGAACACCAGGUUAUGCCUCGUUCCCGUUGGCAUUGGCAGUAGCUAUAGGCAUUGGAUGUUCGCUGCUAUUUCUCAAUAUUAUGAUAUUCGCUGUCAUUUACUACAACAAAUCAACUGGGGGUAAUGGUGGCCGUCGUGGAAGUCGAAAUACUGCAGAUGACGACGAAGAUGGUAGACAGAAUGACAAGAUAAAAAAUAUGAAAAGACCAGAAAAUGGUGGACCAAUGACUAAUCUAUGUUCGACUGGAGGUGCUACAGAAUUACUACAAAUGAUGGAAAGUCGAACGGCUGCAUCUCAAAAACAACCUCAUUCGAUCCUCAAAAAACCACUAGCUUCCUCACCACAGCCAGCACCACCACCUGAUCUCGGUGGUGAUUUGCAUGUCAUGCCGGUACACCAUAGUGUUUCUGUUAAUGGUGGAAGUACUUUAACUAGGCCCUCUCAACUGCCACCUGUCGAAUUCGCCGACGUCACUCAAAAUUAUCACGGGGGGACCGGUGGUGGUGCGGCCACGUUGCCUCGACCACCACCACCGCCAAAGUGUCCUCGCCCGGAUCAUCAUCAUCACAAUCACCAUCACCAUCAGCAUAGUGGUACUCUUAGGCGGCAUGGUCAGACAGCGAUACCGGCUUGCACAUGCAUUAAUGUGGCCCAACCCAUAGUGCCUACAACUUCGGAAGCGGUGAAAACGGUGGAGGAACUGCACGUGUGACAGUCGAAAAGUGCUGGCCACCGUCGAUCGUCGGACACCGACAUCAACAGACUGGCCAGCGACCUGACGAGGAUAUGCCAUCAACUCCGUGAAUCUUCCGGAACAACACAACAAAGUGACUUAUUCUUUUUAUGACAUUAAGAGUCUUCGCAGAGUUAAAAAUAAUUUAUUUGUUGAACGAUGGAAAAUUCAAUAUUUUUUUUAUUAUUAUUAUUAUUUUGUACAGUAUAAUAUAAAAUAAUUUAAGCAUUGUGAUGUACGGGUAAUACGAUUAAUAAUAGCAACUCUCAUUAAAAUGUCAAUGUAGUGUUAAUUUAUAAAAUGCCCUAAGUUGUUCGUAUUUUAAUAAAGUUGAGAUUAAUAAAUAAUUUCAAUUACAUAAAUAUCAACUAUUCAUAUUUGUGUAAAAACGAUUUGUUUAUUGUAAUAAAAUGUUUUCUUUAUAUUUGUCAAAUUUUCACUGUUUAAAACUAGUUACCAGACAUAUAUUGUCGAAAAAAUAUAACAAAGUUUAUUUAUUAUGUUAAUUUAUAAUUACUUUUAAGUAAAAUCAUGUGAUGUAAACUGUCUAUUAUGGAAUAGUCUUAUGAAUGAUAAAGACAGUAUAAAUUUAUAGCUUUUCGAAAAUUUUAACAAACAUGUGAUGUAAGUAAAUUUUAAUUCAUAAACUUUGUGAAGGUAAUUUUAUUAAUUAACUUAUUCUAUCAGAUAUUUUAAUUGAAAUUUUUAUGGUAACUUCAACAUUAUAAGUCAACACACAAAAGUUUUAAAUUGAAAACUAACUUUAGAAUAAACACUAUCUCAUAACAUGAUAAUUUGCCUUAAUUCUGUAAAAUAAACGUCAUUAUGGUUGUCAUAUUUCAUGGUAAUUGUGACAUAAUAAUGUUUCAUAGAUAUUAAUGAACAUUACAGCAUCCAAUUAUAUGAUAAAUAAAUAUGUUUGAAUUUUUUAACUGAACUUUUAUAACUCAAGUUUUUAUUUAGCAAAAUAAUAGUUUGACAUUAACACAUAUAAUCCUAAUCUUUUAAAAUCAAUGAUAGAAUGUUUUUAUUUUUUUUUAAUUAAGCGAGGUUAUUAAUUUCAUGAAUACAAAUAAAACUUUUUUUUUAUAAUUAUUAAAUAAAGAUAUUUUGACGUUGUAAUUUCAGUUUUCCACAAUCAUUAAAUAAUACUAAACAAUCAUUAUAUAUCAAUGGGUGACCAUAAAAAAAUUGUUUAACUUACAUGAUUCCUUCAAAAACAUUUUUACGUGUGCAUUGAAUACUAUUACUUCUGUUUUAUUAUAUUUUUGAGUUGCUUGCAUAUACACUAAAAAGUUAUAACUAUAAUAAACAAAGAAAUUUAUGACAUAUACCUGAGAAGCUUUUAUACUUCGUAAUAUGUCAUAUCUUUUUGUUUUGAUAGCCACAAAGUCUCGGGUAAAAAGUUAACACAAACUUCAACAUGAGAAAUCUUAUAAUAUAAACUUUAACUUGAGUAACGACAAGAAAUCACAAUAGUGUAGGGCUAACCCUGUCCCUUGAUAGUUGAGGUACAUACUUGCGUUGACGUUUUAAGUAAUAUGAAUGGCAUGAUUAUAUACUCAGUUCUUGUUUAAAAUUAUAUUUCACCCUAAUACAUUUUUAAAAAGGGUUUGAUUCUCAUUUCAGUACAAACAAAAUACACCCAAACGAAGUCACAAGUUGGAUCAAAUUACUUUUUGGUAAAAUGAUAAAUUUUGCAAUGGUGGUUAAAACGUUUGUAAAAAUAUGAGAUUAUUUUUAAUGUGGUAAUAUAAAUAAUUUUGUAACUUUGCCAACAAUAGUCUUACAGUAGCUAAUCUUAAGGUCAAACAGUAUUUUGUUUAUUUUUUUAACGCGCAAACAAAUAUCAUUCCAGUGUAAAUUUUUAAUUAAACUAAAAACUAUUUAAAUGUUUAAAAACUCAAAUGCACUAACUCCAUUUUAAAAUACUGGAACAUAGUAUAGAAAAAAGGUUACCUUAUUGUUAUCUUAAUUUACUUUGGGUUAUUCAAUGAACUUAUAAUAAAAAUUAAACAGUAUACAUAUGUUGACUUCAAACAUUUUUUUUUGACUUCAUAUAGGGUAAGAUGACGAAUUCGGUACUUAUAUAAGAAUAGUAGCGAAAUCUAGUUAGCAUAAAAGCCUCAUGUGGUUCACAAUGAUACUCAAUACUAUAAACACAUGUGUGUGUGUGUUUUAAUAAUUUAAGAACGCGAAGGUGUUUAUAACCAAAAUUAUUUUUGUUGUGGUUAGAAAUCCAUGUUUAGCGUACUUCUACAUCAUUUUUGAACAUCAAAACUUAAGAUAUUAGUAUGCUAUGAAAAAAUGUUCUAAUUCUCUCUUAAAUAUUCUAAAAUAACUAUUUAAUAUCUAUUCAUUUAUAAGAGACCUAUUUCUUUGCAAUAGUUUUGAUUACAAAGUUUAUUAUCGUUUUCGUCACCUCACCUCAUAGUUGGAGAAAAAAUGACAAUUUUCCGGAAAACUCAUAUUUUGCCUAUAAGAAGAUGAAAGAGACGAUUGAAUGCAAUUGUAAUAUUAGAUUAUAUAUAGAAGUAAUUUUCAUGCAAAUUUCAGAUUUUAAAUCCGUUAAUAGAUGUCAAAAAGAAAUACUAAAAACUUAAACUUGCUAUCUUGUCCCGCCUUACCCUAAGUUCAUUAUUUAUAUGUGACUCAUUAUUUAUAAUUCAAAAAAAAAAAUUUAAAAGAUUUCAAAUUUAUUUAUUUUAAAAGUAAAUGGACAUUUAUGACCGAAGUGUUCAUAUACUCGACACUCAAAAAUUUCACUUACAUUUUAAUAAAUUUUAUUAAAUUUCAAUGUGAAAUAAAAAAUAUUUGAUAUGUCUACUACACAUAAAAAAAUAAUUUUCUAUAGUAAAUAUUCACCAAUAAAUUUGUUUUUAAUUUAUUUUAUUUGUUUAUUAUAAAAUAACUUCUAAUAAUUCAUAAAGUACAUCACUAUUUAAAUUACCAUCACAAGUUCAA